AUGGCCGCUUUGCCGAACCCGACAACCGUCGAUACUCUUCCCUCCGCAACAACAACUACACCCAUAGCCGCUCAGCAGCAGCAGCCGUCGCCAAAGCACGCUACUUUCCAGAGCCCGCCCCAAGGCAGCUCCAACACCGCCGCGCCGAGGUCGUCCUCCGAACGUACCUUCGACAACGCCCACGCCCGCCGAUCUUACCACGCUUCCUCCUCCUCCACAAACUCCAUCCACCGCAACGCAAGCACGAGGACCGCCGGGGGAAUCCUCUCGAGAGCUGCCGCCGCCGCCCUGGACCGCACCCAGACCGUCAUCGCAAGCAUCUCCGACUCAAUCUCCUCCUCCGACAACCACCCCGUCAUCCGCCCUCGCCAGUCCAACCCCGGCUUGGCUAGACAGUCGCUCAUCUCCAACUCCGACUCGGAACCCUCCAGCCCGUCUCGCAGCGCGACCUCGUCAUACCACAGCACCUCGUCACGCACCGGCUCCAAGGCCUCCCCCAACUCGUCCGCUACCAGCAGCGUCGACCGAUCCCAGUCCUAUCCUGAGCCCGAGCACAGGCCUCGUCGCCCCGAAAACAAGAUGCACCAAACCUCUUCGCGUCUGCUCCGUAUGACGGACGAUGACAGACCAUUUACCAGAGAUUUCAAAGAUCUCUUCUCCACAUUAAUCGUCAGUCUGCUGCCAUUGUCCGCUCACCGCGUAAGGCUGUCAAAGAUCGAAUACACUUUCCUCUCCGAAGAUGCCAUUAACAAUCUCGGAUCCCUCAAAUUCUCCCAAUCUAACCGCAUGCCUGACCCCAAGGAUCCCUCGCGGAUCGUCACCACCACCACCACUACCACCUUCUCCAUGGCCAAGGACAUGGCCCGCUCCAUCUGCCAGCGCUUCGUCGAGGCUCGCUUCAUCGAGUCUGCCGACGGCAAGUACCAGCAGGUAUAUAACAUGAAGGGCAGUGUAUGGCAGCUCACCCCCAAGGGUGUUUCUAUUCUGGACAGCUUCUGCGCCCGAAACGGCAUCCAGCAAAAGCAGGUCUCCGAGCUUGCUAGCCACUGCUGCGCCCAGCUCGUCAUCCUCGAGCGUGACCAGUCCACCGACAAGCUUAUUCAUGAUUGGGGCACCAUUGAGGUCAUCUUCCGCCGCUUUGUCGGAUCCGAUGGCCGCAACAUCAAGUCGAGCGUCACCGCCGCCGACUCCGACUCGCUGCACGACUACCGCGACGGCCUGACCGGCGUCAAGAUGGCUGCGGAGCGCAAGGUCAACGGCAAGGCCUACACCAACACCUUUACCGGCAAGGCUGCCGUCGACUGGCUCAUGGACUGCUCCACGAUUGUCGAUCGCCGCGAGACUGUCGAGAUUGCCUCGCUCUUUGUCGAGCACGACCUCAUUGAGCCCAUUGCUCAGGACCGCGCCUUCAUGUCGCAGAACAGCGCCUUCAACCUGUUCCAGCCGACCAAGAACGCCAUUUACCAAAUCACACACCGCGGCAAGGAAAUCAUCAACGGCAGCGGCUCGCGUGGCCGUGCCUCGGAGAGCGAGGGCGGCACGGGCUCCCAGCGCAACGGCAUCACCCGCGACUCCAACACGGCCCGCCUGGAGAAGAUUCUGCACGACCCUGCUCUGCGCUUGCUCUUCCGCGAGAACCUGCGCGACACGCACUGCGAAGAGAACCUGUCCUUUUACAAGGAUGUCGACGAGUUUGUCCGCAGCUGCCGCUCUGCCAUCCGCCAGGCCGAGAAGAACCCGACCGCCAACACCAUGGACGGCAUCAAGGAGAUUAUGGCGCAGGCCUAUGGCAUCUACAAUGCCUUUUUGGCACCCGGCUCUCCUUGCGAGCUCAACAUUGACCACCAGCUGCGCAACAACCUGGCAACACGCAUGACCAAGGCCGUCGGCCAAGAUGUCGCCAUGAUUGAGACGCUCGAGGAGGUGACGGAGCUGUUUGAGGAUGCGCAAAACGCCGUCUUUAAGCUGAUGGCCAGCGACUCGGUGCCCAAGUUUCUGCGCAACACCAAGUACGAGCAGCAGCUUCGCAACUUUGACUCGGACUUGAGCGCGCGCGUGCCCGAGCGCAGCCAGAGCCGUUCCAACCGCAAGUAAGACGCUGCGGAUGUUUUACACCAUCGCCGAUGGCCAGAACGAAGACUAGCAGCAGUCAGCUACAUCGUUCGCCGUCAGUAUCAGCAUCUCCGUCCCCAGGUUCCCACAUGGCGCACCGGCGAGAUGCACUACCGACGUGAUGCAUCACGUCUCCACGUUCCUAACCACAAGGGCAACCCACCCACUAACCGGCCCUUUUCUUGAACACGACGUUUUUCUUUACACUCUCCGCUUUACCCGUCGCGUCUGCGGGGGCGACGACCACACACAAACAACCCCAUGAUACCUAAUAGAUUCCACCAUAUGAGUUUUGCAUUUUACUGGUGUUGGUAUUUUUUUUCCACUUUAGAACGACCCUCUUUGCGUCCUUUGGAGUGCCCUGGAGGGCCUCUGGACCGCCGCAGGGUUUUCUUCGUAUCUGUUUUGUUCACCAAAGCGUCUCAGAGGCAACUCUCGGGGCGACUCCUUUUGUUGUAGAGGAACCAAAAGGAGGAAAGCGGCGUUGACACGGAUUGUUUUUUUGUUAUUUACUUGCGCUUGAUUCUUCAUUUACAGGGCCGAUAUAGAGAAAGGGUUAUUGGGCAUUAAUACGCGGUUUUUGGCAACUUGCUUUUGGCUGCAUGGGACGGCGGAGCUGGAAGCGAUUCCAGUCGUCCUAGUUACUGUCACUUGUUACUUUUUUUGUUGGGCGUCUUUUAGAUUGAGGGGGAAAUACCAUGGACAAAGGGAAGGAUUCAGAGGAUUUUGUCAUGUACCGAACCUGGUGCAGGCAAAGGAUAUAUUACAUGUAAACGCGCUUUUAGCGGAAUACAUUCAAUACAAACCAUUG